CAAAAAGAUGUGGUACGUUGAUCGGAUGGCAAUAGAUAUCAUUUUUCUGAUACAAUAUUGUUGGUGUUGAUUAUCCAGUCCUAACUCAUUUAGCAUUUUUACGAAUGUAUGGCAUUCUUUGUCAAACACCCCUAGCGAACUGACUGAAAGAUUUAUAAAUUUAACAGAUGUAAAGUUUUGAUCUAGUUCUCUAAUUAGGUUCUUAUAUUUAGCUUUCUUGCGGUUAACAUUGUUUGUGAGGUUUGAUUCAAAGCCUACGGUAAGUUCAACAACGUAGAGGUGUUUGUCUGAAGUGGAGAAAAAUAAAAAAUAAUAAUAAUAAUAAUAAUACAACUUUAUUCAUAAUUUCAUUAUAUACAACCAGUGCUGUAACAGUUACAGUUUAUUUGUAACUAGUUACAGUUAUAGUUACAUUGCCAAAAACAUAACUAGUUACCGAUACAAGUUACAGACGCCAAAGUGUAACUAGUUACAGUUACAAAGUUACAAUAUAUUUUUUGUAACUUAGUUACAAAGUUACAAGUUACAUUUAUUGAUUGCAAUUAAGAACGCAUACAAUUCGAAUGGGCCGAAUGGUAAUGAAACUUGCGGCAAAAUUAUUGGCAAGAUUAAUAACUAUUUACCAGAUGUAUCUGCAUGCAUCUGUAAAAUUCCACCAAAUCGAUUUUUUAAUAGAAUUGUCAAUUAAAAAAACUCUGCUAUUAUACAGUCUGAACGAAUAGAUUGGAAAAAAUAUACCUCACUGGCUAGUGGCUUCUGACUUCGCAAUGAAAAAGCAGAAACGUGAAUACGUGAUCAUGACUGAGUCAAGGCCAAGUGAAAUGAGGCCAAAGACCAAUUAUGACGACGCCAAGGCCCAAGUGAAGGCGAGCGACGGCAUUCCGAUCAGUUCGUACUGUGCGUAAAUUUAACGUCAAUCCUUGACUUAAAUUUGUGUCUCAUGAACGGAUUCUGUUGUGUCAGAUUAAAUUAUUCCUGUGUAAAUGAUUAAGAGCUUGCCUGACUGUGUAUUGAUUUAUUUCAUUUUAAAAACGUACACAAAUAGCAACGAACAAAACGUAACUUGUAACUUUGGCAAAAUAACUUGUAAUCGUUUCAAUUUUAUGGCAUUUUUUGUAACUAGUUACCGUUACAGGUACAUGUUCUCAAAAUGUAACAAGUUACCGUUACCGUUACUGAAACAUGUAACGAUUACUUGUAACUAGUUACUUUUAACGAAGUUACUUACAGCACUGUAUACAACAAUGCUUUUGUUAUCAAUGACUAUAUUAUAUAAUCUGUUCUUUGGGUAUAAUUAAAAAAGUGUCUAAAUGUUUGUUGAUAUGUACAGUUAAAGUUUAAAAACAAACUCAUAUACCGCUACAUAAUUAAAAUAUUUACCGCUAAGUAGCUAAAAAACUAAACUAACAUAUUCCGCUAAAUAACUAAACAAUUAAACUUUGUAUAUUGUACAAUCUAAAUUGUUUGAGAGAUACCACUGUCGGUGUUCUCAAUGUUAAAAUCAAUGUUCCUAAUAUCAUACAUGAUUUUCCUUGCCCUUGAACCCCUCAAGCAGGUAAGUGCCGAUCGCAAUAAAGCGAAUGAGGUUCUGGCUCUUAUCCAACUCAUAGUUGUCGCAUAAUUUUCUCCUUUCUUUAUAGCUACCAACUCUGCCAAUCGACUAUAGUAUCUCACACAUUCUUUUCCCAUACCGCCUGUGGUGGUGAAUACGAGUGGCGUAAAUGUUCCUUGCUCUAUUUCGAGGACUCUCCUUGCAUAUAGGCGCUUCUUCUCGUUUUCGUGUAUCUUGUAGACUUGGCGUAGCUCCAGGUCCUUGUACGAAUCAGCAUUGGGAUGACAAACCCUUACAUCAAAAAAGGCUGAUCGUUGACUUUCCCAGAACCCACACGCACGAAUGUCGAGUCCAGCAUCAGGUGCUCUGUUGGAGCCUCCAUUUAGUUGCUCUCCCGCGAUGUCUUGUAGGACAGGCUCAACUUGGACUUCACUACAGACAAUGUUGAGGAGUUCCGCUUCCAGAUCUCUUAACUCAUUGUGGCGCAUAAUUACAAAGCCUCCACGUUUGCAGAUCAUGGCAUGGUCCACCGUGAAGGUAUCCCCACAUACACAUAUGGAGGUGAUGUCGUCGAUUGGCCAAUCAUAGAGCAGCUUUACGGCGUCCCGAAAUUCUCUCUUAUUCAAGUUGAAUCCCUGCUCUUUUAGGGGAAGUGCUGUGAGCCACACAGAUGAUCCUUUUUCCGAAGCCACAUCUAAUAUACGCUGAAUUCUUGGUGGUGCACUCUCUCUAAUACGUUCUGCCCUCUCCUCCCACUCUUGCACUCUUUCUUUUCUAACGGCUUGUUGCGCUGAUUCGUCGGGGUAGCUGAUGUAACUGCGCUACAAUCUGAUCAACAAGGGGUGCUGUCACUCUUUUUGACGACACAUACUGACGUUCUGCCUCAUGACUUGGAUUUUCCAAGCCCAGGCCACCCAGACGUGCUGGAAGUGCUAGAAUGUCCCGAUCGAGUGGAUUGCACUGGUGAUCUGUGAUAGCGGGGAUGAGAAUCUGCGAUAUUGCCUUUUCGAGUGGCUCUAGUAGGUCCUGGAUGUCUGGCAGGGUUCUUAGAAAUAGGAAUAAUAAUAAUAAUAGAAAUAAUAAUAAUAAUAAUAAUAAUAAUAAUAAUAAUGAAAACUUAAUUUAUUGAUUAUUAAGAUAUAUACAACUACAAUGAUUAACCUCGCUUUACAGGUAGUUUAUCAAUGUCUACUUGAAUUGAUACAAUAUAUUUAUUGUACAAUAAUUAUUUUAAGAAGGAUUAUAUUAACAUUAACUUUGGGUUUUCCCACACCUUGUUUCGUUUACAAAAUAUAUAAUAUGAUGUUCGUAUGCAUAUGUUCACGAUUUGCUUUGUUAUGUACAGGCGCGGAUCCAGCCUAAACCCUGACCGUGGCGCACUUCAAAACCGCGCAUAAUUAGGGGGGUCCGGGGGCAUUUCCCCCCGGAAAAUUUUUGAAAUUUGAACCCCGGAAAUGCCAUUCCCUGAGUUCUGAGCAUCGAAUUCUAUCAUAUAAUUCGUCAUUAAUUACGCCAUAUUUUAGACAGCAAAUAACGAAACGCACUAAAUAAGUCAAAUAUUUAAACAACAUAUCAUGUUCUUCAGCGAACGUUGCAACAUUAGAAUGUUACAAAAUCACUGUACUUACAUAAAACCACAAUUCUGUACCGCACGUACUGUUCCUGUGUAUUUCAGGUUCUUCGUAGCAAAAAAUAUCCAAUUAGGGCUGUACAUCGAACUCAAUCAUCUUGGCGUUUCAGUUGCAACGUAGGUCUUUUACGGGGUGGGUUUUUUCCAGCUGCACAUCGAUACCAAGUGUCUUAUUCUCGAUCAUUCGCUUAAACUGUGUAGCACGGAGAGUUACCGUUGUGUGAACAUUGGAUUUUUCACCAUGCUGACAUAGUUUCUGGACAGCAGAAGCACUUGGAGGAAGAGCACUGGUCAUCAAUCGUUGGAGCUCGCUUGCAUUAUGCGUGCUUUCACUGCCAAAAAGUACACAAGUGACGCAAAAACCACCGUUUGUCACAGCAGAGUAAGCCAACCAUGGAAAUCGUGAUAACCAUGCCAACCGGAAACGUCUACCAAUAUUUUCGUGUGUGGAGGAAAAGAAAAAUCAGAACCAGGUUUCCAAUGGCAAUGAUUGCACAGAAUUUCGUACUUUUUUGAAUCAGGAAGACUGGACACCAGAUUUACGUAGUUUAGAUAUCAUCUGGCCACGAAUUGGUGGAAGUUUGUUGUGUUUUGGUGUUAGAUUUUUCUGAAGUAGGACCAAUGUUGGGAGUUACAGAUGAAAUUCCUUUACUAGUGCUGGGAAAUUUGAUUUCACUGUCUGCAGUUUCUUGUGUGUUGCACGCUCGUUUCACAAGAAGCGCAUCGAUCUAAGCUAAUUUGUUUUCUUUUUGGACCAGUCGUCUGCUUUUUAGUAAAUGUAGUCACUUGUGUAGAGGAAGGAGCAGAAAAAACUUUAGUAGAAACUUUAGGAGGAACUUUAGGAUGAACUGGCAUCGCAGACUUCAAUAAGGUAAUUGGGAGGUGUGCUUUAAAAUAAUGGUCUCGUGGCUGAAGUGCUUUAACUGGUUUGCACAAGGUAACAAAAUGAUUUUUGGAAGAUAGAAUUCUUCGAUCAACCAAAUAAGACGGUGGCAUCGCAGCACAAUGAAAGAUAUGGACAUAUUCAAUUGCACUGCCAUCAAGAUAAUCCCGUGGAUAUACUGUAUUGUACAAUUGAAUCCAAGGAAUCCCAAUUUUCUUUCGCUACAGUGUCAUUGGUGAGUGGGUAGAAUGACUGAAUGGCACACUGAAUUACUGUGGACAAGGCAAACAUGCACACCAUGGAUGAGAAUGUGUAAUUUUUUGCAGCUUCCUUUGCUUCUUCUAAAACUGCUGCAUUUCAUUACAAUUCUCGAAAAAAAGUAAGAGCUGCAUCAGAUACACACAUGGCAAAGGCAUUUUUAAGUGUAGUGAACGCUAUUACGUUUUUAUGCUGGGACUCGAUGAAGGAGUGGUUAGCAUAGUAUUUGGCAUUCUCAAACAGUUCAAUACUGGUGAGGCAUCUCAAGUGAGCAGACAAACUCUCAUUCCCGAUUAACGCAAUAGAACAUGCAUUAAAGAGACAAUGAAGUACUGAAAGAAUUUAAGCAUUUAAGUAUCAAUGGUUAUUUUAUAUUAUUUUGUAAAUAUUCUAUUGAAACUUUUAACCAGAAUGUCAAAUUCUUUGCACCACACAGUAAUUAUGUGAUUAUACUUUGCAAACUUCGCUCAAAUUAUCUGGAGAACAAAUGUUAUACCUUGCCAUUUGAGAAAUAGCAAUGGGAUUUUGUUGCAGUUUUAGAUUCGGGAUUAGGUUUUAAUGUCAGGAUUAGGAUGACAUCAUCCACAACAACAUCAAUAUUCAUGCACAACAAACACCUGUGAGGUAGUCACCCUCCAGGGGUCAGUUGUUAAAAAUAUUUGCUGUGUUGGUGUAAUGUACUCUGGUGAAUAAGAUGCUUGUGUGAUGUUAUUAGAAAAUUAUGUUAGGGUUAGUAAUCCAAGUGAGAAUAUAUACAUUUUAAGACCUAACCAGGAACGACUGCACAAAAUGCAGCACAAGGUCCUCUGGUAGGAAAUGAACCUACGGCCCUGCGAUUCCUACCAGAGGACCUUGUGCUGCAUUUUUCACAGUCGUUCCUGGUUAGGUCUUAAAAUGUAUAUAUUCUCACGUGGAUUACUAACCCUAACAUUCUAAUAUUAAUUCCACCAAUGGAGUGCAAGAAUCCAUAUUGUGUGAUGUUACUUUGACUGUAUAUCCACACCGGGCAUGCUUGAAAAAUAUGCCUGGCCACGGUGGGAUUCGAACCUAUGACCUUUGGCCAAGGCAUUGGGAGAGCAUUGGGCUAGUAUUCUUUGGCAGAGCAUUGGGCUAGUAUUCCAAAGGUUGUAGGUUCGAAUCCCACUGUGGCCAGGCAUAUUUUUCAAGCCUGCCCGGUGUGGAUAUACACUCAGAGUAACAUCACACAAGCAUCUUAUUCACCUGAGUACAUUACACCAACAGUCUAACACAGCAAAUAUCAUGAUUAUUAGAUUACACUAAUAUCGAAGGAACUAGACUCAGUUCCAAAGUAUCGCAUACUCGAACCGAUCUGACUGCAUAGCUCAGUUGGCAGAGCAUUGGGCUAGUAUUCCAAAGGUCGUAUGUUCCAAUCCCACCAUGGCCAGGCAUAUUUUUCAACCCUGCCUGGUGUGGAUAUAUACACUCAGAGUAAUAUCACACGAGCAAUUUAGAAAUAUUUCUUCAGAAAUCUUGUCUGGAUGAAUGAAAGUUUUCUUCAAAGCUUCUAAGUAAACAGGCAUGCAGAAACACACAAACAAAAACACUAGGUUAAAUUUUAACCAAGGAUUAGCCUUAGCUUAGAACAACCGACCCCUGGUCAACCUACAAAUAUUAAGGCGCUAUAUUUAAAGCUUGGUGAAACCAAAUAGACGACUAUAUAGACCCAAUACUGAAGUAAACAUUUUAUUUUACAGUCGACAAUCAAAUGUUGUAGCCGUAAACUGUAGCAAAAUACUGAUAACAGUUUUAAACAGAGUUUUUACUAAUAUUUCACGACAACAUAGCGGAUAAAUGCAAUUUAUAUUUUAUUGACAACCGCCAUGUGUUCGAGAUCAUAUUACUAUUUCACUAACAAAAAUUUACAUACAUACAAAUUUGCAUGCACAAAUUAUUCCCUGACCCCAGCGUAAAUGCAAAUUUAAUAUAAGUCGAUUAAAAAUUCUUACCUAACAGGAACAUUAGGCCCAGAUCUUUCAGUUUGGCUCUUGGGGAACUGCAGUUUUGAAAAUUCGCACGUUGGCAGCACGAUGUCGCCAGUAGAUUUCAUACGGCGCAGCCUUUCUUCAAUGAUAAAUUCAUCACAUUGUUGCCUCAAGAGCGAUAAUUCCCCUGAAAUAUGUUCGCUUAGGUUUGCUUGUUGAAAGAUUUCGACGAGCUUGCUAAGAACAUCGACUUUUUUUAAAAGCUUCCAUCCUGAUAGCAUCCAUCGAUCCAUGUAGCUUGUGAUGUAUUAUUCUUUAUCCCGUCAAGUCGACAAGUAUCGAACUUUAUUGUUGAUCAUUUGUAUUGCGCAAUCAAAAUAGAGCCACCGUGGCGCACAUGACCACAACUUGCCCUGUGAUUGGUUUGCAACGCUGCACCGUGGCAGAAAGUUACUAUAUUUAGUAACAAUUGCGCAAUUUUUUGCACGCUGACCGUGGCAUUUUGUGGCUGUGAUCGCAGCUUCGAAUUUACGACUGUUUUCCGAACAUAUUCGGCACAAUUCGGCACGCUUUCGGCGGUUUUUAUAGUUCAGUGUUUAACUGGAUAAUUAUACUAUUGAACAAGGAAUAUAUUUCGGAAGUUUUUCCUGCUUUUAGCACAUAUUACUGUAAUAUGAGAACAAUUACAAAAGAUAUUAUUCAAAUUGUUUGCUAUAGACCUGUAUUUGUUCAAUUUUGCUGUAUUUCAAAUAACUAAUAUAUACUUCUUAAAAAUGCGUAAUGCAGUCUAAUGCAGUAUCCAACAAAGGUGAACCCCGGAAAAUCCUAGGUGAGAAAAAUCUGACCGUGGCUCGAGCCACUUUUGCCACGGUCUGGAUCCGCGCCUGGUUGACCCAUUGCUGGGCAUCUCUGUGAUUUUUAUCGAAACCACAUCUUCCACAUCUGUCCUUCGACAUGCUGUCCAAUCCACCACUCGGGUUUUCUCGCUCUGUGUGCAAUUUAUUUGAGUAUCGACGGUUUCGAGGGUCUCGCUGUACCGGUUUAAUGGCAUUAAUGCCCGGGUCUUCGUCUUUCGUGAGCUUCUGUAAGCUAGCUAAAUUGGCUUCAUGGCUUCGUCCGAUUUCAAUAGCCUUUUCUAAUGUCAAAGUAUCGGCCAAAUCGAUACACUUCUCACGAACCUUCGUGUGUUUACAACUAAAAACGAUUGCAUCACGAACCAUACGUUCCUCGUCUUUAUAACCACAAUCUUUUACCAGAAUCCUGAGGUCUGUUACGAAAGACUCAAAACUCUCAUUAUCUCCUUGACGUCUUUCAUUAAAUUUCAAGGCGGCCAUGAUAUAGUUCUUACGUGGAGUACAAUAGUCCUCGAAUUUCUUUAGUACAAUUUCUUAUUUCUUUGCAUCGGCGGGUUGGGCAAAUGUAAAUCCUUCAAAUACAUCAAGUCCUUUAUCGCCUACCCACAACUUUACAUAGCUGACUUUAACGCUGUCCUCGUUAUCGUGUAAAGGACCUUCGAAAAUACACAUUGCUUGUCUAUAGAAUCGACGCCAUUCUUGAUUUAAAUCUUGUACAAUCCAAGACAUUUCUGGGGUCUUAAAUUUCGCCAUUAUAUAUAUAUUUUUUCCCCGUUUACUAAACUAUCAUAUAUAGAAAGAACUCUUCUUUCUGUUUUCAUUUAGAUUCGAGCCUGAUGGCUUGAAUUCUGCACGGAUUCAUAAGGAUCCUGACACCAUGUAAAAUAAAGACAUUCAUUCAAGAUGGCUGACAAUCACAACACAGAACGAUAUUAAUUAUUCAAACAUAAAUAUGUUACAAAUAUAUUCACCCGGGUGGGCCGAGUAUGCUUAUGCUAAUUAUGAUAUCACAGAUACCAAAUCAAAAUAGACUUAUAGCUAGAACAUUGUUAGCCCCGAUUUUCCGGACGAUAUAUAUGUUUCACAAACGCCGAAAAGAUUUUUUCUUUUCAUGUAGCUAUAUUUGAAAUUCAGGCCAUGGACUAGUUUAAAAAACAUAUAUUUCAAAGUCAUUCCAAGCUAUUUUUGCAUAUUUUCAAAAUUUGUCAAAUUUCGCGAGCUUGUAUUUUGAACUUAACCGCAGAAGUUACAUUAAGAAUGAAUUUAAUUGAAUGAAUGAAUGAAUUUAAUUUGUCACGCAAUUGUUAUACAGCCAUGAAAUUAUAAUAAAUUACGGUAAUGUAUGAUAUAACUUAUAAUAAAAUAUAAUUUUACAAAUAGGAUUAUGUGACGACUGGGUUUGAUUUGAAACCAUUAGGCGUAUUUAAUAUCAAACCUCCUCAUAUUUCUAAUGAAUACAGAUAUGCUAAUUAAUUAAUAUAAGGUGAGCAAAGGUAAUUUUUUAAUUUCCUUGUAAAAGACGAAAGCGAUUUACUAUUUACAAUAUACAUAUCCAAACUGUUGUAAAGGAAUGGACCUUGAUACUUCAUUGAAAAUUGUCGUAUAUUUGUUCUAGGUGUUAUAAUGUGAAAUUCAUUAGCUCUCCUAGUGUCAUAAUUAUGCACUUGCUUAUUAAUGUAAAACAUACUUCCGAAAUGCCCUGGCAGCAGGUUAUGUUCAUACGAAAAUAUAAACUGUCCUGUUUGUAUGAUAUGCGAAUGUCAUUAAAUUUUAAUAGCCGAAGAUUCUUAAAAAUCAAACCUGUAUGAGAAUCAAGUCUACUAUUAUUUAUGAUUCUAACAACACGUUUUUGAAGAGUCACCAUGAAGACGAGAUAAAUUGGACGAAUAUGUGGACGCCCAAGCAAUAUUACAAUAUUGUAAGUGUGGGUAUACACCAUUGAGUACGUAGUACAAUGUUAACAAUGACUUCUUCAGAAAAAAAGAAACUAAAUUUACACAUGCAUGAUUCCUAUUGAUUUGGAAAUCUUAUUUGACACAUGAUUAAUGUGAGAUUUCCAUGAAAGGUGUUCAUCUACAACAACCCACAGAAAACCAAUUUCUCCAAUUUGACUAAUUUCUCUAUCAUUUAACACCACCCUGAAGUCCACUUGCAACCUUUUUUGUUCAGGACUGAAAAUCAUAAAUUUGGUUUUACCUACAUUUAAAGAUAGUUUGUUCACCCGAAGCCAAAUCGAAAUUUUUUCUAGCUCUUGGUUGACCAUAUUAAUCAAGUGCACUGCAUUUGCAUGGGAAAAGAACAAACUUGUAUCAUCACGAGCGAGUAAGAUUAAUUUUGCCAAACUUGAAACAUUACAUAUGUCAUUAAUAUAUAUCAAAAACAACAAUGGACCUAAGAUUGAUUCCUGUGGUACUCCGCAUGUUAUAUACUUCAAGGUGGAACACGAGUCAGCAACCUCAACAAAUUGCUUCCGGUCAGAAAAAUAACUUUUGAUCCAGUUCAACGCCAUACCACGAACACCAUACCGUUCCAGUUUUUCAAACAGAAUGCUAUGGUCCACCGUGUCAAAAGCCUUAGAUAUAAGUUCAGGAAAAUUCCAACAGCGAAUUCCUUUUUAUCGAUUGCCUCAGAAAUUUUAUCAUACAAAUCAACAAGAGCCAACGACGUUGAGUAGCCCUUUCUAAGACCAUAUUGGUUAGCACAUAAAUGUUAUGUUUGUUUAAAUAUUUUAAUAACCUAUUACAAAACACUUUCUCUAAAAUUUUUGAAAAUGCAAGUAAAAUGGAAACAGGUCUAUAGUUACUAAAAAUAAAUUUCUCCUCCGCCUUGUACAAAGGAAUAACUUUAGCUAUUUUCAUUUUAUCCGGAACAACAAAGACAAAUUUAUAAUAUGUGUUGAAGGUUUUGAAAUUAAAUCAGUAGAUAAUUUAAUGACAGACAUUGAAAUGUCAUCAUAGUCAGCAAGCACCCUUAGUAAAUUUUAUUUUAUUUUCUAAUACGGGCUCAUGCAAGAAAAAUAGAAUUUGGAAAUUCUCCAAGAAGGAAUGACGUAGUAGGAACUGAGGAUGUUAAUUGGAAUUUACCAAGCAAGUGAGGGUCCUACAUUACUAAAAUAGUCACAAAAAUUAUUGGCAAUUUCUAUAGGAUUCGACAUUUCCCUUCCAUCUAGUUUAAAUUAAAGAUAGUGUUCAAUCUAGGUUUUGAUGAUUUCCUAUUAAUAAUGCUAUUUAAUAUUUUCCAUGUUUCUUUCAUAUUUGCUUUAUUAUCAGUGAGUUUCUUAUCACAAUAAAUGCGCUUUGCGAUUCUAAUAGAAUGUGUUAAUUUAUUUUUAUAAAUCAUAUAUUUACUUUCAGUUAUUCGAUUUUGCAAAAAUUGUUUAUAUAAUUUGUUUUUCUUGUUUAUGGACCUCCUAAGGCCAUUAGAAAUGCAAGGCUUGCAGAUUUUAGAGUUACUUUAAAUUGUUACGUUCUUAUUGGGAAACAAUUAUUAUAAAUAUUCGCAUAGGUAUCAUAAAGCUCUGUGUAAGAUAAAAUAAGAUAAGAAGCUUUAAUCGAACUCGCGAAAUUUACAAUGCCAAAUGAGAACGAAACAAAAGACAUUACAACAAAGGCGAGUUAGAUAUGGGAUCGGCGAACGGACUCGAAGUCCCAACAAGGCAAAUCCCGCACAUAAAUUAUAACUAGAAAUUUACACUAUUAAGAAAACACAAAAUUUCAAUUAAAAGUUCUCUAAUACCACUGAACAGACAGCCCAGUCUCUCGCUCAGGUUGACUGCACAUACCAACAGCCACUUGAAACAAAUUAAUUUAAUGGAAAUUAUUUCGGAAAAUAAUCUUAACCCAUGCGCUAUAGUACUAACCCUAAUUCUGGUUUUAAGAUAAGGAUGCAUAUUGUACAGUCAAUCUGAGGAAGAGACCGGGAUGGUACAGUGUAGCAUUCUCCUCAGUAACACACCUUCGCUGCUUAUUAACUAACAACAGGAAAGGCUGUCAAUAGACCUACCUACGUAUCAAAAACGUUCCGUAACUUUAUAAAAUAAUGUUUAUAUAAACGAGAUUUAAACGCACUGAUGGAAGAUGAUUUGCGUAUUUCAAGUGGUAGAUUAUUCCAACGCUUUACAACACGAUUGAAGAAGGAGUCUCUAAAUAAUGAAGUACGGAGACGGUUUACUGGAUACAGAUUUAAUCUAUCAAUAGAGCUCCUGGUGCGACCACUUGAGACUUGUAUGUAAUCUUCAAGCUGUACACAUUAAAUGAACCGCUCAUAUACUUGUAAACAAAGCAUAAGGCACGACACUCCAACCAGUAGGAAAUAGGAAGCAGGUUGAGAGUAAUCAAGCGGGACUUGUAGUUGGGUCGGACAUGAUGAUCGUUGCUGCAGUUGAGGAUGAAACGCGUAGCUCGCCUCUGCACACUCUCCAAUAGUUUUAAGUCCGUUCUGCAUGACUGAGGAGCCCAGAUUUCGCUAGCAUAACUUAGGUGGGAGCGCACCAGUGAUAAGUACAUCGACCUUCUGUGGGCAGGCCCAGUUAAGGUAACGCCGAAGUGUCGUCGUUGGAAGCCAAGUGUCUUGUUUGCUUUGGCAACAACAGAAGAAUUUGGAGGUCCCACGUCAGCUUGUUUGUUAACUAAGACCCCCAAGUCUUUUGAUAAGGGAACGACAGCGAGUGGGUGGCCAUUGAUGGUGUAGGGAUUGACGUAGGGGAUUCCAGUAUACUGCUUCACUUUCUGGAUAUUUUUAAUACUUCGCAUUUGUUCUUGUUAAAAGAAAGUCCCCAAUCUUGAGGCCAUAUGGACACUGAAUGUAAAUCUUGCUGAAGGGCAGUAUAAUCGUCUGAGUUACGAACCACACGGGAACAUUUAGCAUCAUCAGCGAAAAGAGCAAUAGAUGUUGAAUCGUUACGUACAGAAGGAAGAGAAAAGGUCCCAAUUGAUCAAUAUUGUCUUCUAUCAAGGUCCAAUUUACACUUCUUCAUAAAUUUUCUUUGAAUUUUUCUAUGUUCUUUGAUUUUUUCUCUUGAAAAGUUAUCGUGACAUUUUUUAUUUGGUUGUUGUAGUUUUUAAAUAUUGUGGAAAAAAUAGGAAGAUGAUGUCAGAAAAAAAGAGACCAUUUUUGAUAUGACAAUCAAAAUGAUUAGAAAGAAUAUUGUCAUAUGACAAUCAAAAUGAUUAGAAAAAAUGUGGCGGAGUGUGCUAUGAUCCUAGUUAGAAGUGGGAUGCGGGGAUAUAGCAUGUUAGAAAAAAGCUAUUCACAAAUUCUUCAGUUUUGUUAUGACAUUGAUAAUUCAUAAAGUUUAUAUUAAAAUCACCAAAUAUAAAGCAUCGUUUGUUUUCUCUCGAUAUUUUUUCAGCUAAGCUAUUAAAUUCAUGAACUAAAGUAUUGAGAUUUUGAUCUGAUGGUCUGUAAACAACUCCAACAAUAGAAUUUUUCCCUUGAUAAUUAAUCACCUCAAUAAAUAAUGCGUCUAUUGAAUUUGAAUCUGAAAAAUGCAAAUCAUUUCUGCUCUUAAACUGCAAUUCACUUGAAAAAUACAAUCCAACACCACCACUUGUUCUAUUUUCUCUGUGUUUGUGAAUAAAGGUGUAACCGUAGCCAUCUUGGAUGGAAAAUGUGAGGUAUAUAUAAUUAAAAUUAAUUUCAACUUACAUUUCAUUCUCAUAUCACGUUUUUCUUCGUUUAUUACGGUAUUAAACAAGCCAUAGCUGAACGUAUACGAUAUUUGCUCCCAUGUUCACGUCGCCAUAUUCACUUCUUCCAAUCACUCGAUUACAAAAAAAGUCAUGCCAAAACAAGGAAUUCAUGAUCGAAUUUUAAAAGAAUAACCGUCAAUUUGUAAAUCGUUUGAAUGUAAAGCAAAAAAUGGUCAGCUUAAACAGCUUCUUGCUAACUGUCUGCUUUGUUUUGAAUGUAAAUGCAAUGGAGCUUUGUUUCUGCCCGCGAAUUUGUGGUCAGCGACGACAAAUUUCCCACCUGUUUACGAUAGCUCAACUAAAGAAAGGAAUAUGAUAAUUAAACUUGUCUCAGCCAAUAGAAAGCGUUGAGUUGAACAAAUGUGAACAGUACAGUCGUUCAGUUGAUGAAGCUAUUCGUUCGUUUUCGUGCUUCGGUGCAGGUUAACUAAUAAGACAAUUGGGGAGGGGAAUGUGUGUGUGUGUGUGUGUGUGCGUGUGCGUGUGCGUGUGCGUGUGCGUGUGUGUGUGUGUGUGUGUGUGUGUGUGUGUGUGUGUGUGUGUGUGGGCAACCCAGAGGACGUUGACUACUUUAAUUUAGCACAGAAUACUAACCUAUUCAGAAAGUCAUCUCUAUUGUUUUUUGAGAAUUAAAGUGCCAUUCAUCAUCGAUCCGCCCCUCAGCAAAUGCCCUAUGCAGAAAUGCAAUAGAGGCGAUGACGUCAGGGUAGUGAGAGCUUCUGUUUAGGGCACUUGCUGAGGGGCGGACCAAUGACGAAUAGCGCUUUAAUUCGCAAAAACAAUAGAGAUGACUUUCUGAAUAGGUUAGCAUUCUGUGCUAAUGCAUUCAAAAUCCUUCAGCAUGAGCUCCACCUUUGAAUUUACUAUAUGAGUAAAUUGUUAACACGUCCAAAUUUAUCAAUAUAGUAAAUUCGCGACACAUGUUGAUCCCUAUACCUAACCCCUAACACCUAAUCUUAAUCUAACCCUAAUCUAAUCUAAUCUUCAUUUGACACUUAUCCGAAUUUUUUUCGAAAAUCUCGUCUAUUCAGCGUACAACGAGUGCGAGCACUGAUGUUGGACAUUGGAAAGAAGAAGCAUCAUCAGUUGUUUCAACCUCAAGUAUGAUGUCCAUCAUAUUUACGGCAGUUAAAGACCCAAUGUCCACUCUAAAUAAAACAGCAGUUCAAACGGCUGCAAGUGAGAUGGCCAUGACCAUGAUUUCUUUUUCUACUGAAAAUAUUGGCCACAUCAAAGACGUAACUUCGUCAGUUACACCAAGCUUAAGUGUGAUGACCACGUCAAAAUAUUCAAUGCAUUCAACUUCGAUUCAACCUUCAUUUUCGACAUUUGCAGGUAUGUUGACUAUACGAUUAUAUCGCAAACAACACUAAUAAACCAGCUGGUAUGUUUUAGCUACAUGAUUUAAAAAUAGCAUGCGUUACAAUGAAUAGCCGCCUAAAGUGUCCAUAAAAUAGCUGCAGCAACUUUAUGUAUAUAAAGCAUACACUCCGUAUGAAUUAAUAUUCACAAUAUUUAACAAUUCGCCGAAGGCGAGGUGAUUAGCUAGCGGGGAAUAUUAUACCUCAACCUCAAAUUGUCCAAUCAGGAAGCUAAGUUUGCGCCACGUGAGCAUGAAAUUAAUCGCGAUAUCACGCCUUAAGUCAUCAAUUAGCGAGAAUGCGUUCCUUUUGACAAUGUUCCGCCCCAUGUUCCCCGGGGAUUUUUAAUUCUCAACUUGGAAGCUUUUAAUUUGCGGUAUAAUACAUCAUUUAUAGACCCUCCGCUCGGGGGAUUCGGCGAAAUAUUGCACUCAGUGAUGAUAAUAUCAUCACUUUGGGUAAUAUUUCGCCAAAUCCCACUCGCUCCAGGUCUAUAAAUGAUAAAUAUUCGCCGAGACGAAGUCGAGGUGAAUAUUCCCCAAUAAUCACCGUGCCUGAAGCAAAUAAUUGUUUUAGUAUUUUUACACAAGUCUUUUGUGUUUUUGGGACUGAAUUUAUUUUAAUUUCGCUUAUUUCUUUAUCAGUAACUUCCACAAAACUGCUAGCCGCCACUUUGAAAAUUAGGUGGAGGUAAACAUUAUGUUAUGCCAUACCUGCUGUAAUAUCUAAAGGGAUCACCAUAGUCGUAACCCCAUUAUUGGCUUUAAUGGAUGACCAAGUAAAGAGGUUAAAGCAAAAAAUGUCUGUUUACUACAUUAACUCAAUGAUGUCAGAAGAUGGGAAAGAUACUGUUCUUCACUGUCUUUCUGAAUAUAACAGCUUAAUACGUCAAAUUUGACCAAUCAACGUGUAGGAUUUGUUAUGUUAACUUAUGCAAAAAUACUAAAUUGUUUUACUUCCAAGUUUGAAAUCAAAGAUAUAGUUAUGAGUCGGAAUUUCAACGAAGACUGAGAGAAUGAUUGAAAAGGACACGAAGUUGGAGAAUAUAUUAUCGAGCUUGAGCCGGCGCAGAUGGUUGGACAGCCCCAUCAUAAUUACAAUUUUUUGUUUCAGAAAAGAGUUGUGCCAGUUUAUAUAAAGCGGGGCACAGAUAUGAUGGUGUAUAUACAAUCAAACCAGAUGACGGGGAACCUUUUCAAGUCAGGUGUGACAUGCGAACAGACGCUGGAGGCUGGACAGUGUUUCAAAGACGACAAAACGCAAGUGUGGAUUUUUUUCGCGGUUGGCAAGAAUAUAAAAACGGUUUUGGUAAUUUGAACGGAAAUUUCUGGCUUGGGUUGGAGAAAAUACAUCGUCCGACACAAUCUGAUAAAAAUUUUCUUCGAGUCGACUUGACAUAUUUUACGAACGAACUAGCUUACGCAGAGUAUGGGACUUUUUCUGUGGCUUCUGAAUCUGAAUUCUUUAAACUGGAAGUUGGCAGCUUUUCAGGUAAGUAUGAUAGUGUAAGAAAUAAUUUGCAAAUUUUAAGCCAUAUACAGCAAUCUAACAAGUAUUUAAUAGGCUGAGCAUGAUAUGAAGAAUUAUCAAAGCCAGGUUUGCGUUAUAAACUGAAAGCGGAGGACCAAAUAAUUCUACAUAUCAUGUGAAAAUUGGAUUCAAUAAUUGUCAUAUUAUUUAUUUAUUAAUAGAUGUAAACAUUCGCACUUGAAAUUUCUCCCAAAUAUCAUGACGAAUCCUUUUAAUCAGCAGUUUCGAGAAGUUCGUGUCCCUAACUUCCAAAUAUUUAUGAAAAACAACACGAUUUCUAUUUAGCCUCUUAAUAUACAAUAUUAGCUCCCGGAGAAAAGUGGCAGAUAGGGAAGCCAUCUUGUUUGACCAUCAUUGUAGUUUGAGCAUGCAGUCAUAGUGUGCGGAAAAAAGUAUUUUUGUUUCCCAACGUUUUGAUUAUAUUUUAGUCAUCCUGAACCAUUCCUGUGUAUUUUGCGUGUAUUAUUUGAUGGAUUUUAAAAAGCAUGGCAUUUAGCAGUUUUGGAGAGUCCAGUAAUUGUGUGGUGUCUUACGCACCACAUUCAACCCUCCAAAACUAAAUUAGCUUCCCACGCCCCUGGAGAGGAGAAUAAAAAAUCAUGUGUAAAUAUCAGUAAGCUCAUUCAUUUACUGUUUCGUAACUUAAGAUCGUUGUUGAAAAUGUUUCAAAACAUUCAAACAAUUUUGUAGAACAUCUCACAAUAUAUCCCAGUUUCGUAUUGUUGUUAAUUUUCGUAGAUAAGACAUUGCAUCGCAUUGGAAUUUAGUUGCCUGUCAUGCCUGACAUUCCCCUGACAAGAGUUCCAUAAGUUUCUAAUGUAUUAUACUUUGAUUACUUUUUUAUUUUAAAAUAAAAUUGAAAAAUAGAUUAUAAUUUAUGACAGUGAUUGAUUUAGACUGCUAUCAUUGAAGGAACUGUAAGAUACCGUUCUAGUAAUUUUAAUAAGAAUUCUAAACAAGGGAAAUGUUGAACGUAAAUAUAAUGAAAAUGAAAAUUUGGAUAAAAUCUUUAUAUAAAAUUUCUUUAAAUGCUCAUUUAGCAAUUCACGAUGAAAAUUCAAAAGAGAUUUGUGUUUAUUCGACACCUGUAUGUCUAAUCAAUAUUAGUAUAAACCUACUAGUAGGCUAUCAUAUAUCGUGCGUUCUGAUUGGCUACGCUACUAGUAGGCUAUUAGUGAUAGCCUACUACAGGGCGUAGUAAAACACUACGUAGUAAAGGUGUUUUACAGCGCCCUGCCUACUAGUAGCAACAAGCGGCGAAGGGCGCGAGAGUCAAUGGCCGUUUUUAAGUAUUAAAAGCUGCAUUUAAAGGGAAAAAGCUUAUCAAAAUGGCGGCUUAGUUUUGGUUCUGGAUUACACACAAACAAAGAAUCUUGGAAACUGCUGACACAUGCGGUAAAAUUUUUAAGUUUUCUCAACUUUGCUCGUAGUUUUGAACAUGAAAGUGACAGGCGAAUUUUUAAAAUAUAUGCACAAUGUUUGUUAAUAUUCCAAGCAGAACUGUUGAAAUUCAAGAAUACUUUAAGGUAUUUACCCCUGUUUUCUCAACCUCUUUAGUGUGUGCUUGUUUUAAGUACGAGUUCAUGUAUUUAGCUGUCAUUUUAAAGAGUUUUUUUCGUUUAAAUUUUGGGAUUUUGGCCGAGUUUUUCGCUUUUUCGAGCCUUUUUUAUAACUAUUGUCUAUGUAUACACUAGAUUAUGGAAAUUGUUUGCCUCUUUAUGUUCCAGAUAUUUUAAAGAUUUCAACGACAUUCGGAUAAUCGGAUUCUUUUGCAUGUGUGCGCAUUUUUAUACGGCUUUUUAACGUAAACUUUAUUUACUAAUUUAGUAACAAUUCGGGAAGCCAUUUUGUGUUCGAAAUUUUGGACUUUUUAAGCCUUGUUUGCUUCUUUUAAAUAAGUUUUAAUUAACCAAAAUUUGCUUCUACAACGGUUUCUUACUAUUAUACUGUUUUACGACAUGUUUUUUAACUUUUUUAAAACUCACAAGAUGUAUUUUUCAAGUCAUUCUUGGGAGUUCGCAACACUGAGUAGUUGUCAACAAAGCCAAGGCGAAAUGUCGGCAAUGCCAAAGGAAGCCAUUUAAACGCUCAUUUUGUUAAAACGUUAUUAUUUUACAUAAAAAUCAAGUGAAAAAUUCCGUGUUCUUUGUGUGGUUUAUACUAAAACAAUUAGACAACUCAGCCUCGUUGUCUCUGAACGAAUAGUCAACUCGGCUUCGCCUCGUUGACUAUUCGCUCAUAGACAACUCGGCUUCGUUGUCUAAUUGUUAAUUAGCCUGCCUUUUAAAUCAUCAGACAAAUCGGCCGCUCGUGUUGUAAACAUUAUAUAUAAAUUAGUGUUCUAAUAUAAAUUAUUGCACCGACCCAUGUUUCUCCUAAGGUGGCCAUUUUUCUUAUGAUACAAACUUCAGUGCUUAAAGUAAUAUUUUUAGGUAAUGCUCGAGAUUCGUUGAGUUACCACAACAAUAUAAAGUUCACCACUAAAGACAAAGACAAUGAUGGAAAUGGAAAUCGUAACUGUGCUGCGCGACAAAAAGGUGGUUGGUGGUAUAAGUUCUGUUACUCCUCCAACCUCAACGGUCAGUACCUCAAGGCCGGUGAGCAAUCAGAGUCGGGUAUUAACUGGCACAAAUCGAAAAACGACGUCAUAUCUAUGAAGAAAACAGAGAUGAAAACACGACCUGUAACAUUUUAG